AUGAGUAACAGUUCUGGGCUGGACCUGGGGCUGUACAUGUCAAAGGUGGAGCGCAGGAUCUUUGCCUUCAUCACCACGUUUCCAUGUGUGCUGUGUUUGCUGGUGAAUGGUCUGUUGUUGUGUGUACUGCGCUCUAAGGCGGCCUUCAAGGAGACCCCUCGAUACUGUCUCCUGUUUAACCUGCUGCUGGCAGACACUUUCCACAUGUUCUUCAGUCAGGUGCUUUUCCUGAUCGCUAACAAUCGCACCACUGUGUACUUCCCCGUGUGCGCCCUCAUCACACUCUUCAUCGAUGUGUCCAAUGAAGUGUCCCCGCUGACUGUGAUGCUCAUGUCUCUGGAGCUAUACAUAGCGGUGUGCUUUCCGCUUCGCCAUGCCACUCUGCUUACACUGCGCAGGAGCACAGUGGCUGUGCUGCUGCUGUGGGCCUUGUGUCUCCUUAACUUAGUGGUGCGAGUGGGGCUCCUGAUGCAGUUCCCCUUCCACACUCUAGACACUCUGAUGAUGAACGACUACUGCAGCAGUCUGGUCAUCAGGAUUGCGCCUAUGUCCGCGGAAUAUGACCAAGGCUUCAUCUCCUUCCUUUUUGUUUUUUCUGCAGUGGUCAUCUUGUGGUCUUAUGUGAUGGUGAUGAGGGUGGCACACAAAUGUGCCUCUGAGAAGAGUGUAAAAGCUCGAAACACGCUGCUCCUGCACCUGUUCCAGCUGGUGCUCAGCCUGUCGGCCACCAUCUACAUGCCUUUGCUCAUGGGCCUGGCAAAGGUCAUGGUCCUGACCCGGCUCACAUACGUGCGGAUCCAGACUGUUCUCUAUGUGCUUAUCAUGAUACUGCCCCGUGGUCUCAGUGUGCUCAUCUACGGCAUCAGAGACCAGACCAUCAGGUCCACACUGCUCAGAACAAUUUGCUGCAAAACACAUUAA